AACGUCACAGGGACUAUACAGGAGAGUUUUGUUGGAAGUUAGAAAGUUUUGCAGCCUCCAGAGGGCUGUAGCGGCAGUAGCAGAAGCAGCAUCCAAGGGACUCCUGGAAGGGGAAGAGAGAGAGCGAGCGAGCGACUGACUCAGUCCUGCUGCAGAGAACUGACUCGAGGCGACGGAGGCAGACAUGGAACAUCAGCUGCUGUGCUGCGAGGUGGAGACCAUCCGACGAGCCUACCUGGAUGCCAACCUCCUCAAUGACAGGGUGCUGCAGACAAUGCUCAAGGCGGAGGAGACCUGCUCGCCCUCCGUCUCCUACUUCAAGUGCGUGCAGAAGGAAAUCUUGCCAUAUAUGAGGAAAAUAGUUGCCACUUGGAUGCUGGAGGUUUGCGAGGAGCAAAAGUGCGAAGAGGAAGUUUUCCCCUUGGCUAUGAAUUACUUGGACAGAUUUUUGUCUUUUGAACCCCUCAAGAAAAGCCGGUUGCAACUGCUCGGAGCUACCUGCAUGUUUGUGGCUUCAAAAAUGAAGGAGACUAUUCCUCUGACCGCAGAAAAACUGUGCAUUUAUACAGAUAACUCCAUUAGACCCGACGAAUUACUGCAAAUGGAGCUGCUGCUGGUGAAUAAGCUGAAAUGGAAUCUGGCCGCAAUGACCCCCCACGAUUUCAUUGAACAUUUCCUCACUAAAAUGCCUCUGGCAGAGGACACCAAGCAGAUCAUCCGUAAACAUGCUCAGACUUUUGUGGCUCUGUGCGCUACAGAUAUUAAAUUUAUUUCAAACCCACCUUCCAUGAUCGCAGCUGGCAGUGUGGUAGCAGCUGUGCAAGGCCUGCAUCUGGGGAACACUAACACUUUCCUCUCCUAUCAAUGCCUCACACAUUUCCUAUCACAAGUUAUCAAAUGUGAUCCGGAUUGUUUACGGGCCUGCCAAGAACAGAUUGAAUCCCUCCUGGAAUCCAGUCUACGCCAGGCACAGCAGCACAACGUAUCUUCAGAAACAAAGACUGUAGAGGACGAAGCAGACCUUUCCUGCACACCCACUGAUGUGCGAGAUGUGAACAUUUAAGAGGACUCCUUCUUCUUCUUCUUCUUCUAAUGGAUUUGCUUGGCAAGAAAAGCAGACAAAGAAAGGGCAUCUGAGAAGGAAUCAGCAUCAGGAUCUCCCCCCCAGAAACCCUUUUCUCCAGGACAUUUUUAUACCAGAAGGGAAAACCGGUCUCGUUAUAUUUUUUUCUUGCUCUGUCUCCCUUCCAUCUGUGACUUCAAACAAACAAAUAAAACAAAAAGUACCCCAAAAACUGUCUUA